UCAACUUCGAACGCAACUGAGUCAGCGAUAGGCCUUGCAGGAGGAUUCCAUUCUGUUGUUUAGCCUUGUUAAAUCUCGCCGUUUUAUUGACAUGACGAACCCACGCGUCUUUCUCGAGCUGACAGCAGCAGAUAAUGUGAAGUUGGGAAAGUUGACUAUCGAGUUACGAAAGGACAUCGUACCUCGGACCGCUGAAAAUUUCAGGCAGCUCUGCACAGGACAACCCGGGUUCGGCUACAAGAACUGCACCUUCUACCGGGUGGCUUCGAACUUUGCCGCGGUGUCAGGGGACGUGGAGCAGAACAAUGGGAAGGGUGGCAAGUCCAUUUAUGGCAAGGCGUUCGAAGAUGAGAACUUCAACCUCUCACAUAACGAGCGCGGUGUGGUUUCAAUGGAAAGCAGCGGGAAGGCGAACAACGUCAACUCGCGCUUUUAUAUCCUUUUUGCAAAAGCCACGUAUCUGGACAAGAAAGACGUUGUCGUGGGGAAAGUAAUAGAUGGACUUGGUACGCUACAGAAGCUGGAAGAGUGCGGUAGCCCUGACGGGAAGCCCACGAAGACCGUGACCAUCAGCGACUGCGGUGUCGCAUGAGGUCUAUCUACCACGAAAGAUAGAUUAAAAAGGCUUGAUUCUUGA